GACCCUAGCUCUUCCCCUCUAGGUAAAGGACCUGAAACGCUCUUCGCUGGCCAGAAGCUCAACGACAACGAGUGGCACAUGGUGAAAGUGGUGCGCCGAGGAAAGAACUUCCAGCUGUCUGUGGACAACGUCACGGUGGAAGGUCAGUGUCCACUCUCCACUGUUCGCCUCCACCUCUUCCACCCUUGGGUGAUAGGAUGGAGGGAUGGAGGGGGUGUUAGAUGGGUGAGAGGAGGGAUUAAGAGAGGGGGCAUGAUGAGUCUUGGGCUGGGGAUGGAGAGAUGGAGGGAUAGUGGGAUGGCAGAAGGUCAGUGUCCACUCGCCACUGUUCGCCACCACCCCUUGGGGAUAGAAUGGAGGGAUAGAGGGAUGGGGGGUGAGAGGUGAGAGGAAUGCAAGAUAUGAUGAAACCUGGGGCUAUAAAUGACCCUGUGAAGAUAGAGCUAAAAUUGCCGGUUUCUGGUGGACACAAACCACCCAGAGAAGGCCUCUGGGCUGACCAUGUUUAGGACUAAGGUAUUUUUUAUAAAGUGCUUGGCCAAGCUCAUUCCUGCUCAAUUCCAGGAAGCAACAACAUCAUCACCAAGGGAUAGAUUGGAAUACUAUAGGUGUAGUGGAAGCUGGGCUCAUAACAAGUUUAUGUAGCUAGAUAUUCAUAUUAUGGAACCCCUAUUAUCUGUGUUACUGCCCAAUCCAAGCCUUAUACAAUUUUAUCAAUUAAAUAUAUGACAUAUUACACAGGGUGGUUAAUGACCAUAUCUGAAGAUAUGGAACUCCUUCCCAAUUGAAGCCCUACAUAGACUAUAGCAUCCUGUGAAGAUGCCAGUCUUCAUAACAUGCCUUUUUUUAUGUCCCCAAUGUUUUAAUUGUUGUCUGUAUAGAUUGUUUAUUAGAAGGGCUGUAUCUGCAUCCCCACAGUUGAUUAAUUGGGUGUUACUAGCUCGGGCAUUGAAGAAUGUAGGAGGUAAUUGGCCACACCCCUCAUCAGGUCCUAAUUCAGGCCAGACGUUCACUCAGACCUUGCCAAAAGAUACCGACCCUACCGUUACACUUGUUUACACUGAGCUGCACUGGGGUUGGAAGGCAUUCAUGGCUACAUUAAGACACCAUGUAGCCGGCACGAGAUAUGGGUCGGAAAACCUACCUCAAUGCAGGGAUGAGAUAUGCACUGUACUCCAAUUUGUACCUUUAUCCACACUGAUACAUCGAGAAGAUUGGAAUACUGCUAGUUUUCUGGGAAAACUGCCCUUUCUGUCCUCAUGCUAGCUAGCAGUAGCCACCGCAGCCAUUGUGGAAUGGCAGUGUCAGCCAAUCAGCUCCUUUGUUGUUCAACGCAACUUGCCAUUCCAUAAUUGCUGAUGUGGCUACUGCUAGCUAGCAUAAGGAGGAAAAGGGCAAAAUCCAGCAACUACUCUGUGACCAACAGAUGCAUAUCUGUAUUCCCAGUCAUGAGGGGCGGCAGGUAGCUUAGUGGUUAAGAGCCUUGUGCCAGUAACCGAAAGGUUCUUGAGCAAGGCACUUAAACCUAAUUGCUCCUGUAAGACGCUCUGGUUAAGAGCGUCGACUAAAAUGUAAUGUGAACUCCAUAGAUUAGGGCAUAAUGCAUUUAUUUCAAUUGACUGAUUUCCUUAUAUGAACUGUAACUCAGUACAAUCUUUGAAAUUGCUGCAUUUAUAUUUUUGUUCAGUGUAGUAGAAGAUUGGUUUGCACUUAAGUUAGAAGCUUUUAGCCUCUUUUUUAAAGUAAUUUUAUCAUCCUCAUGUUUUAGCUUGCUCUAUAUAGUCCAUCCCAUUCUUUCAUAACCAGUGUCUAAAGCUUUUCCUGAUCAGGCCACAUGGUUAAGAAAGCUCCAUGCCUAUAAUAUAACAUAUUUCCAUGUCCUCCUUCACCCUUCAGGCCAGAUGACGGGUGCCCACACGCGGCUGGAGUUCCACAACAUUGAGACGGGCAUCAUGACCGAGCGCCGCUUCAUCUCUGUGGUGCCCUCCAACUUCAUCGGUCACCUCCAGGGCUUGACGGUCAACGGCGUGCCCUACCUGGACCAGUGCAAGAACGGCGACAUCUCCUACUGCGAACUCAACGCCCGCUUUGGCAUGCGCCACAUCAUCGCCGAUCCGGUGACGUUUAGAACGAAAGCGAGCUAUCUAGCGUUGGCUACUUUGCAGGCCUAUGCCUCCAUGCACCUCUUCUUCCAGUUCAAGACCACCACAUCGGACGGUCUGCUGCUCUUCAACUCGGGGGAUGGCAGCGACUUUAUCGUUGUGGAGCUGGUCAAAGGGUGGGUCUGGACGUUUGAUUGGUGUUGA